AUGGCUUCGGGGGAUUUUAUUACUCAGCCUUUAGAGGAUCACUUGUAUCGCGACGAUGACGAUGAACAGGACAUUACAUAUAAGAAGCACCUUGACGAUUUGGUCAAUGGCAGGCUAACUCCCUCCGAAGCGGCCAUAAAAUUUGAUAAAUUUGUUGUCGACGAAGCUAACAUCCGACGUGAUGAAAUCCUGAGAAGAGAAACCCUAGGAGAAGAGGCAGAGGACCUGAACAUGGACAUGCUUCCACUGAGAACUGAUGGAUCAGUUGAGUGUAUCUUCAUAUUUCUCGCGCAUUUAUGCUCAGCCUAUCCACCUUACCAUCCGGGACAAAAUGCAAUCAUUGAAUUCCUACACGCGUUGAAGGCAAUGCCGAGGCAUGAGUCUUAUUGCGGGCCAUAUGAGACAACGACACUAUGGCCAUUAGAGGGGAAUUGGGAGGCUUUGCCCGAGAUUUUCCGCCAUGAAAAUGAUGAUAAUUACAGCCUGUUUGAUGAUGAGAUGAAAAUCCCAUGGAGCAAGAAACAAAUUGGCUUCCGUAACUUCCAAUCCGCCGCAGCCCGCAUUGCCUCAUUGGGUAUGAUGAAAAUUAGCUUUUUGUGUGCACUUAAUGAGAUUCGACCCUCCGCCAGAUACUAUCCAGAUCCGGAGAUAGGCAGGUUUGGUGGACUGGAUCGAAUCGCUUGUAAUGUUGUUGCAGGAGGGCAAUGGAUUAUCUGGCCGGAUCAGGGACGCUAUGUCUACCGAGAAUGUAAAAAGCGUGAAACUGUCAGUAUUCCCCGGGAGAUAUGGUGUAUGGCGCAUUGGAGAGAGUGGAAGGAGCAGUUUGCAUCUCUCAUCCAGAAUGAGAAAUUCGAACUCAGGGCGAAAGAGAUUGCCAGGCUGGCGCUUCAGAAGAUGGUGGAAUACGAAGAGGAGGAUGCUCAAUAG